AUGGCUUCUUCAACUGAGACUGACGAAAAUACUGUACAAUUAAUUGAAGAGGGAUAUAAAAAACUUAAGAAUAACAAUUUUAAUUCUCUUUUAAAAAAAUAUUUUACUGAAAAUUUAAAAGAAAGAUUAAAAUAUAAAAAGACAAAACUUGGGGCAACUUUAUUUGAUGUUAUUCGUUCUGGUGUUGCUAAUCCAGAUUCUGGUAUUGGUGUUUACGCACCUGAUCAAGAAUCAUAUCGUAAAUUUGCCGAGUUGUUCAAUCCGAUUAUUGACGAUUAUCAUGAGGGUUUUGGACCAGAAGCAGUACAUCCACCGACAGAUUUUGGAGAAAACAACAUUUCAGAAUUCAAAGAUUUGGAUCCAGAAGGCAAAUAUUUAAUUUCUACUCGAAUUAGAUGUGCUCGAACAUUAGAAGAAUAUCCAUUUAAUCCAUUAAUGUCAUUAAAUGAUUAUAUUUCAAUAGAAACAAAAAUGAAAAAAAUUUUUAAAAAAUUAAAAAAAAUCAAACAAUUAAAAGGAAUAUAUUAUUCACUGAAUAAAUUAAAUAAAAAAACAAAAAAUAAAUUAAUUAAAAAACAUUUUUUAUUUAAGGGGACAGAUUUUUAA